CAAUAACUGAACCCUAACCCUAGAAAACGGGGCUUAUCCUCUACUUCCCUUCUCCGUUCGUUCCUUCACUCUGAAAUCGAACGAAGUCCGUUUCGGUUCGUCUCCACUGGUGCAUGCUGUAGGGUUCGUCUCCACAAGUUGUUACGAUAGGGUUUCGAUUUCUAUGAUGGAAUGCUUUGGUUCUUGUGUACCUUGUUGUUGCCGGCGAUGACCGGGGACCGAUGUCACCGGUUGAAGACCAUGGCGGAAGAAGAAGGGGGUGUCGCCGUCGAGGAGAAGGCCUGCCCCAGGAAUUUUCCGGCGGACCAACCGGAAACUCGUGACGACUCCGCUGCAUUAGAGAUUGAUUACUUCUCGCAGGCUAGGAAAGCGCUAAGCGAGCGCUCGCCUUUCGAUGUUGCCGAGGAAACGUCGACUUCUGGUACGGUUACUCUGCCGAGUGGGUUGGCGAGUUUGUUGAACCGUCACGGCGAUAACCGGAGGCGCCACAAGAAGUCUCAUUCUGGUGGUGGGGAGAAGAAGAAAUCGUCGUCUAGAGCGAAUGAGAAGUCGCGCGGUUACAACAUUUGGGUUGAGACCGAGGAGUACUUUAGGGACUUGACGUUUUCUGAUAUCGACACCUUGCUUGAGGCUUCUUCGUCUUCUUGUUUAGCUUCUCGGGAGUGUUUUUCUAUUCCGCGUUUGGGAAAUGCUCCAAGGUUCAAUGUAGUUAGUACUAGUAGUGAGGCCGUGGAUGAAAAGACGCCUGUUCCAAGAUUCAACGUAGUUAGUAGUGAGGAUGUGAAGAAGACUGGUGAAGAAGUGAAAGAAGAGGAUGGUUUGUUGGGAAUUGAGUCAAUUGACAAUGUUGCCGCUGAGAAAGAUUUGCCUCGGGAUGACAAGAGUCACGAUGAUUCUGAUUCUUCUAUUGGUUUAGAGUGGUUUUUAGGUUGUAAGAAUAAGGUUUCCUUAACUUCCGAGCGCCCUUCGAAGAAAAGGAAGCUUUUGGGUGGUGAUGCUGGUCUGGAGAAAGUUUUAAUGACCAGUCCUUGUGAUGCGGACCAACCGUUUUGUCAUUACUGUGGCAGGGGAGACACUGACAGUGAUUCCAAUCGGUUAAUUGUCUGCACUUCUUGUAAAGUUGCAGUUCAUCGGAAGUGCUAUGGUAUGCAAGAUGAUGUAGAUGAGUCUUGGUUGUGUUCUUGGUGUAAGCGAAAGGGUGAUUUUGAUGACUCUGUGGAUCCUUGUGUUCUUUGCCCAAACAAGGGUGGCGCAUUAAAACCGGUUAAUAGCAGUGUGGAAGGUUUUGGGUCUGUCCAGUUUGCGCACCUGUUCUGUUGCCUGUGGAUGCCCGAGGUUUAUAUAGGCGAUUUGAAUAAGAUGGAGCCUGUUAUGAAUGUGGAAGGAAUCAAGGAAACACGGAGAAAAUUAGUGUGUAAUGUUUGCAAAGUGAAGUGUGGUGCAUGUGUGCGGUGUAGCCAUGGAACCUGCAGGACUUCUUUCCAUCCUUUAUGUGCAAGGGAAGCUAGACAUAGGAUGGAGGUUUGGGCAAAGUAUGAUAAUGAUAAUGUUGAGUUGCGGGCUUUUUGCUUGAAGCAUUCAGAUCUACAAGAGAAAAGAAGCAUGCUGCCACUGGGAGGCUCUAAUGCAGUUUCAGAAGCCAAUGGCCUUCCAGUGACAUUGCCAGUGAACAGUGAACACGAUAUUAAAAUUGGUUGUGGGAAUGGAGGGUUAGCGUCUGUCAAUAGUGAAGACAUAUUGGACCAUAAUGAUGAGCCACCAGAUGAAGGAUUUUCUGAUUGUAGUUUAAUUGCUCACGACAUUUCGGGAUGUGAUGCUAUGCCACAACAUAAUGUUGGAGUGGUUGGGAGGACCGGUGAGAAUGUUGAUGCGUCUGACUCCCUCAGUUUUGCACUUGUUUUGAAGAAGUCGGCGUUCACUCUUUGGCAGUUGAUAGAUCGAGGAAAAGUUGAUGUAAAAGAUAUAGCACCGGACAUUGGUAUUACACCAGAUACAUUAACUGCAAAUAUCAAUGAAGAUUAUAUGGCCCCUGAUGUGCGACACAAAAUAGUUAAUUGGCUAAAAGCCCAUGUAUAUACUAGUGCAUUUCAGAAAGGUCUAAAAGUCAAAUUCAAACCAGCCAAUGCAUCCAAGGAUGAAAGUGAAGCCACAGAUGGUUCUGAUACUUUACCAAUAUCAGAUUCAGGUUUGCCGGAUCCUGUUGCUGUUAAGUCGGUACCACCAAGGAGAAGAACGGUCAGUAACAUUAGGAUUUUGAAGGAUAAUAAAGUGAUAUGCUCAUCUGAGGGAGUCACUAGCGAGAAUGGGAUGCAAUUGGACAAGUUAAGAGUAGGUCAUCCUGAGCGUGAAAAUCCUGGAAGUUCCAAGGAAGCAUCCUUUCCUGUUGCGACUGAAAUGAGUUUAACCAAGCGUGAGGAUAUAUCUCCCGAGGUUCAAGGCAAUGCUGAUAAAAUGCAGAAUUCUGGAUGUGUUUCAGAAGAAAAGUCUACUGAUUGUUUGCAGAAUUCUUCUAUGCUUUCUGAUCAGUGCUGUCCUGUUCAUUCUGCUUCAGAACCACCUGAUUCUGGUUUCAUAAAGGUGGAACCGAUAUCUAGUUACAUUCACCCAUACAUCAACAAGAAAUUGCUGCAUAUUCGUGAUGGGGUGCUCUUGGAGGACAUUAUAUGUUCACGUGAGGAGGGAAAUUCUUCUUUGGUUGAAUCAUCAGGGGCUAAUGGCUGCUCAAGUAGCCAAAAUCAGCAAUUAACUAGCAUUGACAUUUUCAAGCCUGAUCAAGCAAAUAUGGAGCAGUUGUUUGGGGCUAGAAAAUUGGAACUUGUGGAGUUUCCUCCAGAAGAUGAAGUGGAGGGGGAACUUAUAUAUUUUCAGUAUAGAUUACUGCAGAAUGCAGUUGCAAGAAAGAGGCUUACUGAUAACUUGGUCUACAGUGUUGCCAAGAGUUUGCCACAGGAGAUUGAUAAAGUACAUCAGCAAAGAUGGGAUGCUGUGAUUGUUAAUCAAUAUCUACGUGAUCUUAAGGAGGCCAAAAAACGUGGCAGAAAAGAAAGAAGGCACAGGGAAGCACAGGCAGUGUUGGCUGCUGCAACUGCUGCUGCUGCAGCAUCCUCUAGGGUUUCUUCUUUCAGAAAAGACACCUUAGAUGAAUCUAUGCAACAGGAGAAUUUGCUAAAGUUGGAUACUUUAAGUGGAAGGACUGGUGCUUGUUCUCAGCCAAUGCCACGAGCCAAAGAGACACUUUCAAGAGUAGCUGUGGCAAGAACUUCAUCAGAGAAGUAUUCAGAUUUUGGCCUGCUCACCUCAGAUUCUUCUAAGGAGCAACGUAAAUCAUGUGAUAUCUGCAGACGAUCUGAGACUAUGUUAAAUCCCAUCCUAGUCUGCUCUGGUUGCAAGGUUGCAGUGCACUUGGAUUGCUAUCAUAGUGUGAAAGAGACAAUGGGUCCAUGGUAUUGUGAAUUAUGUGAAGAUUUAUCGUCUAGAAGCUGUGGGGCAUCUGCUAUCAAUUUCUGGGAGAAGCCUUAUCUUGCUGCAGAAUGUGCUCUCUGUGGUGGUACUACUGGUGCUUUUAGGAAGACCUCUGAUGGUCAAUGGGUUCAUGCAUUCUGUGCUGAGUGGGUUUUUGAGUCAACAUUCAGAAGAGGACAAAUAAAUGCUGUUGAAGGAAUGGAGACUGUGCCAAAAGGAGUUGAUAUUUGUUGCAUCUGCCACCGCAAACAUGGUGUAUGCAUGAAGUGUUGCUAUGGCCAUUGUCAAACUACAUUCCAUCCAUCCUGUGCUAGAAGUGCUGGUUUGUACAUGAAUUUGAGGACUGCUGGUGGCAAGCCGCAACACAAGGCUUACUGUGAAAAGCAUAGUUUAGAGCAGAAGGCAAAGGCUGAAACUCAAAAACAUGGAAUCGAAGAGUUAAAAAGUAUCAAGCAAAUUAGGGUUGAACUAGAGAGAUUACGUCUUCUUUGUGAAAGAAUUGUAAAACGUGAAAAAAUAAAGCGGGAAUUGGUUCUAUGCUCACAUGACAUACUUGCCUUUAAAAGAGAUCAUGUUGCUAGGUCUGUGCUGGUUCGUAGCCCUUUCAUCCUUCCGGAUGGUAGUUCAGAAUCAGCUACAACGUCCCUUAAAGGGAACACAGAGGGGUACAGAUCAUGCAGUGAAGCACUCCAAAGAUCAGAUGACGUAACUGUGGACAGUUCAGUUUCUGCUAUGCACCGUGUCAGAGUUGCCAUAUCCAUGGACACGGACCCAAAAUUAGAUGAUGACUGCUCAACCUCACAAAGUCACUAUAAUCACAAGAUUGCAGAGAGGAUGCAAUUUUCUGGCAAGCAGAUUCCUCAUAGAGCUUCCGCCACAUCACGUAAUCUUUCGGAUGAUGGUGGAUGGAGAUCCAAAUCUAGAAAGCAUGCUGAGACAUUUGGAAAAGAGCUUGUUAUGACGUCAGAUGAAGCAUCUAUGAAGAAUUCUAUGUUACCUAAAGGAUAUGCAUAUGUUCCUGCUGAUUGCCUGUCAAAUGACAAGCAGUCUAACGAGGAUGUAUAUGCUAGUGGACCAGUGGAACAUGACGGGUAAAGUCUUGGAUCCUAGCCUUGCUUUUAUUUUGCCCACGAGGCUGACGUCCACAAUUUUCGCUGCCAUUUUGCACGUGGAGUUGUAUUUGAGAAUGGCCAAAUGUAGAGAGAGGGCUCUGGUCACUGUAUUGUUGCGGAAUGUUGUAUUCUGCUCUGGCGGGGGGAAGUUUUGGUUAGCAUUCUUGUACAUUCGUUAUGAGAGUAAACUGUACAGUGGAUGAGCAUUUCUUGCAUUUACUUGUAUUAGAAGGGCAUGCAUUGCUUUUUUACUGACACUCUGGAAGGAUGGAAAAGCAUCAUUCCUUCUUGUAAACAUACAAGGGAAGACCAGGGAAUCACCUGUUUUUCUGUAUAGUUGAUGUACAUAUUAUGACAAUCGGGUUAAUUCUGAAAGAGAUCGUGCUCGGCAUCAGAUUCACCGAGCAUAUAAAUUAUGUAGCC